AUGGCCAACCCGGGCUAUGUGCGAGAAUUCACCCGUCACUCCAGCGACGUGCUGCUGAACCUGAAUGAGCUGCGCCGGCGCCAGCUGCUCACCGACGUCACCUUGCGGGUGGGAGGGCGCCCCCUGCAGGCCCACAAAGCCGUGCUCACUGCCUGCAGCGGCUUCUUCUACUCCAUCUUCCUGGGCCAGGGGGGCCACGAGGUGCGGGUGCUGAGCCUGCCCAGCUCCAUCGAGCCCGCCGGCUUCCAGGCCCUCCUCGACUUCAUGUACACCUCCCGCCUGCUCCUCACCCCGCGCACCGUGCCCGCCGUCCUGGCCGCCGCCUCCUACCUGCAGAUGGAGCACGUGGUCGAGAGCUGCCAUCGUUUCAUCCAGGCCAGCUACGACCGGGUGCCCUUCCUCUUGACCCCCCCGGCAGCACCCACCUUCCUCCCCCCGGGCCACAACGAGGUCUCCACCACAGUGGGGGAGGUCCUGAGGCUGCCCUCGGGCCCCUGCUUCCCCCCCAAGGCCAAGGAGCCGCCGGGCUCUGGGGGGCUGUCACCGGGAGCCGCCGGUCACUCUCCUCCGGGGCGCCCAGACUCCCCCCAGGGCUCCAGCCGCUGCGUCCUGCCCGCCGCAGACCCCAGAGCCUGCCACUGGAAGAAGUACCGCUUCAUCGUGCUGAACUCCCUGCAGACGGAUCAAGACUCCCCCAGGGCGCCAGCUCCUGGCAGAAUGCCAGCACAGACCCAUCGCUGCCCCACCUGUGACCAGCAACCCCCCCUGCUUUGCUCCCAGGCUCCAGAAGAGGUUUCCAGGGGCCGGCCAGCAGAGCCCUCUGGGGCAGACUCAAGGCAAUCUGACAGGCACGCUUGUCUUUCAGGGUAUCCGGACGAGGAGGAAGAGGAGGAGGAAGGACAGAGGGUCCUGACACAACCCCCCUCGGAGGAAAAGCCUUACAAGUGCCAUUUCUGCAACUCCGCUUUCCGAUACAAAGGGAACUUGGCAAGCCAUCGGUCUCUGCAUACAGGAGAGAAACCUUAUCGCUGCAGGAUUUGCGGGGCCCAGUUCAACCGACCAGCCAAUCUCAAGACACACCUGCGCAUUCACUCAGGGGAGAAGCCCUUCAGGUGUGAAACCUGCGGCUCUUGCUUUGUGCAGGUAGCUCACUUGCGGGCCCACGUCCUGAUCCACACUGGAGAGAAGCCCUACCCCUGUGACACCUGCGGGACUCGCUUCAGGCACCUGCAGACCCUCAAGAGCCACGUCCGCAUCCACACGGGAGAGAAGCCUUACCAGUGUGAGAAAUGUAACCUGCGCUUCCGCCACAAGAGCCAGCUGCGGCUUCACCUGCGACAAAAGCACGGCGCCAUCACCAACACCAAGAUCCGCUACAAAGUGCUCGACGGGCCGUACGCCACCCUCUGCUAAGGGGGAAAUGCACCACCUCCCCACCUUCCAAUUCCCCAC